AUGUCUGAGGAGAGCGUCAAGUCCAAGGCGUGGUGUCCGAAGCUCGGCGCUAGGGCUGGAAAGAUGGUGGCGACUUUUGGCUUCGCGGGUUCGGUUGCCAUUCUUAUUCUGCCACUUGUUGAGGGGGGUUCUGGCGCAAUGCCGAAACAGGCAAAAGGCACGAUUGGGAAUGUGCAUGUCAUCCUCGAGGUCAUCAAAGGCGCUAUUCGCUACCAGUACUUCUGGAGUGACGUCUCCGGCUUCGGAAAUAAGUUGUGGUUUCUUGUUGACAGGGGAAAAGUGGUGGAAACGGCCAUUGCGCGGUCCUCGCAAAGGCUGGGGCAGCAACAUCACGGUUCUCGUGAAGCCGAGAAGUUGCUUACCGAAGACGGCGAGAACGCCGCCGUCACCGAGAGUCGGCUCCAGAAGAUGUUGGGACGGAAGAUUGACGAGCUGAUGGGAACUAUCUUCGGCGUCAUCGUGUCGAUCACUACAAUCGUCCUUGUCAGCAUUGACCUCUCGCGCGAAAAGAAUCCGUUGAUGAUAGCCAGCGACACCUUCAUGAUCGCCUCGGAGGCGAUCCUAAUUCUGGGAAUUGUUGCCGGUCGGCUCGUGGCGCUGCGUCAGCGGGAGCAAUCUUUGGACCGGAGUUUUGCGGCCUUUAAGUUGUUAGGCACGUGGGCUGGCCUUGUUGCUGUCGCCCUGGCUCUCAUAGGCAUCAUCCACUACGACGUCAAGAUGUCUCUUACAGACACCCUGAACGAGCUCAUCGGCCCCAGCAUCAAAGCUCGUAUGGCACAGAUAGGCAUCAACAUCAGCCCAGGCUAUAUGCACGUCACGCCUCCCCUCGCGUCCGAUACCAUCCCUCCCACGGCCUGUCUGACUCUGGACAUUGCAUCGUCGCUCAUAUACUCGACCAACGGCAUUUGGGGUGUCGACACCAACGCGACGGGGGGAUGCCGCCACAAGCGUUACUACUACUGUCUCGCAUCCAAAGCGGACAAGUCUGGCGUCGAAAUGACCAAGAAGCCCACAAUGGCCGAUGCUGAUUACCAAGAUGCGCUGAAGCAGCCCGAUCUAGCACCUUCAGGCUCCGACAACAAGGACGCGCUGCCAAGGCCAUCGUCAGCCCUGGUUGCGAUCGGGCAGGGCCAGUAUAUGCUGAACCUCGUUGUUGACCUUCCCGGUCACGUCACAGGUUUCAGCUUGACGUUGUUGGGCAUUGAUAAGGGGGUCUGGCUCCUGGAGAUGCAGCCCAUGGCGUCCGACGCCCUGGGCAAGGGCAUUACAUGGACGGUGACGCCGCCCCUGCCCGAGCCUUUCGAGCUGGUACAGGGUAGUGGCGGUCGGACACCCUGGAUCUGA